GCAAUGUGCAUAUGAACAGAACACAGCUCAACAGCUCCCACUCACACUCAGCAAUAAAAUGACUUGCCCUUGGCCUUGUCUUCCUUCUCUCAUUAGCCUUUUCGGCUCUCUCUGUCUCUCAUAGCUGUAGAGAUAUUCCCACACACCUCUUUCUCUUUCUAUCUUUGCCUCUCCUCUCCCUUCUUCUUCCCCUUCUUAUAUAUAGCUCUCACAAACAAUUAAAAAACUCAGAAGAAAGGAAAACCAGAGCAAAAGAAGAAAAACCAUUUAAUUUUUGGACCCAAAUAGAAGAAAAAGAAAAAGAAAGAUGGGUUUCUCUCAUCUUGGAUUAUUUGUCUGUGCUUACCAUGUGCUUGUUCUAGGAGUUCUUGCUUCUGCUUCAUCCAGAAAUUUACCAAUCAUAUCCUUUGAUGAAGGGUAUAACAAGCUUUUUGGAGACGACAACCUCAUGAUCCUUAGAGAUGGGAAAUCCGUUCAUCUCUCACUGGACGAACGGACAGGGUCUGGAUUUGUUUCUCAGGACCUUUACCAUCAUGGAUUUUUCAGUGCUUCCAUUAAGUUGCCCGCUGAUUAUACUGCUGGAGUUGUUGUUGCCUUUUAUAUGUCAAAUGGUGACAUGUUUCCGAAGAACCAUGACGAAAUUGAUUUUGAGUUUUUGGGGAAUAUACGAGGCAAAGAAUGGAGGAUUCAGACCAAUGUUUAUGGCAAUGGAAGCACCAGUACCGGCAGAGAAGAGAGAUACAAUCUCUGGUUUGAUCCUUCUGAUGAUUUCCAUCAGUACAGUAUUCUCUGGACUGACUCUCAGAUCAUAUUUUAUGUGGACGAUGUUCCCAUUAGAGAGGUUAAGAGAACAGAAUCUAUGGGUGGUGACUUCCCCUCUAAGCCAAUGUCAUUGUAUGCCACAAUAUGGGAUGGAUCUGAUUGGGCUACCAAUGGGGGAAAAUACAGAGUGAAUUACAAGUAUGCCCCGUAUUUGGCCGAGUUCUCUGACCUUGUUCUACACGGCUGUGCAGUUGAUCCAAUUGAACAGUUAUCAAAGAAGUGUGAUAAGACCCAAAGUUCGGAAUCGGUACCUACUGGUGUUACACGCCUACAAAGAAUUAAAAUGGAUAGUUUCAGGAAGAAGCACAUGACAUACUCCUACUGCUAUGACAGAAUCCGAUACAAGUCUCCUCCUUCAGAGUGUGUGAUUAAUCCCCAAGAAGCUGAGAGGCUGCGAGUGUUUGACCCCGUCACAUUCGGGAAAGGGAGACGCCGCCAUGGAAAGCAUCACCACCGGAGCAGAGGAAGCCAGGCAGAGGCCACUUCUAUAUGAAUAUAUAAGAUUCUCAUAUGAGCAAGCACUAUGGUCAUCUCCAUUGGCAUUCAGUUGAUGCCGCUCGCUGAGUCAGUUUUUCGGUGUAUAGAGAGGAGAAGCACAAAUUUAUUGAGGGUGGAUAGAGUUAUGGUUGGGUUGGAGGGGCAUGUGUGUAUAGUUCAUAUACCUUUAGAUGAUGGUUCCCAGUUAUCAUUCAUGCUUGUCUUUGGCUUUACAAAUUGAAUCCAGUGAUGAUUUCUGUACUUUCGACAAGCCCUCAUGGGUUCAAUAAAUAUUUAAGCAUAUGGAAUUUACUAUAAUAUGUAGUAGGCGUGGAUUUCCCA